UUUGCCGUCAUUGUUCACAACACUAAUAACCAAAUUAUAAUAAUAAUAUCAUACGUAUAAAACAGAAAAAUGAGCGCAUUAAUCAACUGUGGUAUUUGUUGCUUCGUCCUUAGUAUAUGGGGAGUUGUCCAGUUGUCUUUAAUGGCGCUAUUUUACAAGAUCGAAGCGUCAAUAUUGAUUGAAGAUGUUGAAGAACACGUGUAUGAUGAUUACGACGACUUUAUAAAGAAGACUAAAAACAAUUAUCAGGCGACAUCCCUUAACUGCUUAAUUGCUGCUGCAAUAUAUGCAUUAAUGAUCGGACUAUCCUAUUUAUGUAUUCGUAAAGCACGAAGCAAUGAAAGGAAAGCAAAGGAAAAGUUGGAAGAUGAUGAAUAUUAUUGCGCACAUCUUCAGAAACGUAAAUAACUUAC